UAAAUAUAGACCUUAGUAAAUCUUGUCAAGGUUUUCAUGGACUCUCUUCAAUUACUACCGAUGAAGCAAUGAGCAGUUUAACAGAAUUUCAUCGUUUGGCCAUCGAAAUCAACAAUACGUGCAUCUCUACCUGAAACAUUUAAGCGGCAUUACCCAGACACGCAUGUGAUAAUUGAUUGUACUGAAGUUUACACUGAAGUACCACCAGAAGUUAAUCAAAAAGUCUUAAUGUAUUCUGAAUAUAAACACCAUCAUACUGUCAAGUUUAUGGUGGGUUGUGCACCAGAUGGAUUUAUAACUUAUGUUUCCAAAUGUUAUGGUGGCCGUGCUGGUGAUUGCUUCAUUACAAACGAUUGUGGUUUGGUUGAUUUAAUUGAACCCGGUGACGUUGUUCUUGCUGACAAAGGAUUUCCCCAGAUAAAAACUCAAGUCGAAAACAAAAAUGCUAUUUUUAUCAUGCCUCCUUUUGGCCACAAAGAUCAAUUCACCCCUGAAGAAGUUGACGAAACAUACAACAUUGCUUCUGUGAGGAUUCAUAUAGAACGAGUAAAUCAACGAAUCAAGGAUUUUAGAAUUCUGUCAAAAGUACCUAAUUCAUUAUUUCCUCAUAUUGAUGAAAUUGUUUUUGUUAUUUGUGCUUUGGUAAAUGUACAGAAGCCAUUGUUUAAAGAAAAAGAAGUUGACAAAUAAGCCUUUUUCAAAUAAUUGUAAAA